UUGGUAUUCUACUUGUGUGCACGCAGGAGACGCAAGCGAUUAGCGGGGCAACAGUCCCGGCAAAUGCCAGAACCUCUGGAAUUGAAGGCGACCCGGUUAAUUUACAAUAGGGAGGAGACCGGGGAAGGAGGAGGGUUUCGCAAACGACAAGGACAACGAGCAAUAAGGAAAGAAAGACAGAAGUUACAGAGGGCAAGGAAACAACCGAAAAAAGGAAACCUAGAAAAACCUAAACGAAGGAAAGACUUCGUCAAAAAACAGCAUACAGGACAAAAGAAAAGACUAAGAAAGAACACGCCUUCAGCAGAGGAUAAGGUAUAAGGAUGAGAUUGUCCGGAAGAAUCGACCCAGGAAUGCAGCGGCAAAAACCUGAAUCGGCAUGACUGUAACCUCGGAAGGCACAGUAUGCGUAAGGCCGACAGCGGGUACGGCGCAUAAGAUUAAGCACCACCGGGAAAAAUGCCACGCGCGAAAAGAGACCAAAGAGUGCGUUUAGACUGAGUGCGCACAAGUCUGAUUUAAUCUCGUACCUCCAUUAAAUAACAAAUAAUC